AUGGCUCAUUGUGAGGAUUUUUAUGGGAGAAGAUGUAGAUUUCCUAUUAGUUGGUUUGAAGUUGCUGAAGCUGAGCUGAUAGGCCUAGAUCUGGUUCAUCAAGCCACGGAGAAGGGGAAUAUUAUUUCGGAAAGAGCUACUGUUAGAGUUAGCAGCAAUCCAUCUGGUGUUUCACAUUUCUAUGUUGAAGAAAUGUAUGGACGAUCCUUGAAUAUAGGUAUUAAGGACAAUCUAUCUUAUGAGGAGGUGCCUGCUCAGAUUCUUGAUCGUCAGUUUUGCAAGCUGAGAACCAAGGUGGCUGGAUCAGUCAAGGUCUUAUGGAGGAAUCAAUUUGUAGAAGAAGCGACUUGGGAGGCUGAUGAGGAUAUGAAGAAGAGAUACCUGCAUCUCUUCCCUUGCGGAGAAACUCCAAAUCAAUAUACUAAUCCUUUGUAA